GUGGAUUCUCACCAGGCUGCUGUUUGGAUCCCCCAGGCUGUGACUGCUGUUGAGCCAGCCUUUGCCUUUUGUUGCUCUAGGAUUAGCUUUCCCUUGGAUUCUCUGGAAUGCUUCCUGGUUGCAGGCUUUUUAUCAGUUUCCCCUUCCUGCCUGGAAAGGGAUCUUGUUGCCAUAGGACCCCAGGACUGGUGCUUACCCCUCCAGACUCCUGUCUAGCGGUUGGUACAGUAGGUCUCACUAGACUUAGCUGCAACUAAGAAUUUCUCCUACAUCAACCAAGUUAAGGCUGAUACUCUUGUGGAAUGUGGAUUAAAAGCGCGUGCUAAGUUCCAAAUUUCCACUUAAGAAGCGGAGAAAAAAAUCUGUCUUCUCAGUGUACCACAACCACCAGCAUCAAGACAGCAAACCAAGGGACAAAGAAUUUAAUCUACUGUACUGAUAAAUUUAAAUUGGUUCACGUGUUACUUUAAAAGACUUUUACUGGGGGGUGAAAACAACAUCAGCCGUUUUGAAGCAAUUUUGUUUACAAAAAUGAGGGCUUCUUUGGAAACUGCAGACAUUGCCAUUGUGGCAUUGUACUUCAUACUCGUGAUGUGCAUAGGUUUUUUUGCCAUGUGGAAAUACAAUCGAAGCACAGUAAGUGGCUACUUCUUGGCUGGGCGUUCCAUGACCUGGGUAGCUAUUGGUGCAUCCUUAUUUGUGAGCAAUAUUGGAAGUGAACAUUUCAUUGGGCUUGCAGGAUCUGGAGCAGCAAGUGGAUUUGCAGUAGGAGCAUGGGAAUUCAACGCCUUAAUGCUUUUACAGCUUUUAGGAUGGGUCUUUGUCCCAGUCUACAUCCGGUCAAGAGUGUACACCAUGCCUGAAUACUUGUCCAAGCGUUUUGGAGGGCAUAGAAUCCAAGUCUAUUUUGCAGUGUUGUCUCUGAUUCUUUAUAUCUUCACCAAACUUUCAGUUGACUUGUAUUCAGGUGCACUUUUUAUUCAAGAAUCUCUAGGUUGGAAUCUUUACUUAUCAGUUAUCCUGCUCAUUGGAAUGACUGCUUUGUUGACUGUGACUGGAGGUCUUGUGGCAGUCAUCUACACAGACACUCUUCAAGCUCUGCUUAUGAUCGUUGGUGCCCUCACACUUAUGGUUAUAAGUAUUACAGAAGUUGGUGGGUUUGAAGAACUUAAAAGGAAGUACAUGUUGUCAUCGCCAAAUAUUACGUCAAUCUUGCUGACCUACAACCUUUCUAAUACCAAUUCAUGUCAUGUCCACCCAAAGCCUGAUGCUCUUAAAAUGUUGCGUGAGCCAACAGAUGAAGAUAUUCCCUGGCCUGGAUUUUUACUGGGGCAGACCCCAGCUUCUGUGUGGUACUGGUGUGCUGACCAAGUUAUUGUUCAGAGGGUUUUAGCUGCAAAAAAUAUUGCUCAUGCCAAAGGAUCCACUCUCAUGGCAGGCUUCCUGAAGUUGCUGCCUAUGUUCAUUAUAGUAGUCCCAGGGAUGAUUUCACGAGUGCUGUUCGCAGAUGAUAUUGCCUGUAUCAAUCCAGAACACUGCAUGGAAGUCUGUGGAAGCAGAGCUGGAUGUUCUAACAUUGCCUAUCCACGAUUAGUGAUGAAACUUGUACCAGUUGGCCUGCGAGGACUUAUGAUGGCUGUAAUGAUUGCUGCACUGAUGAGUGACUUGGAUUCUAUAUUUAACAGUGCCAGCACCAUAUUUACACUGGAUAUCUACAAACUCAUACGCAAGAGUGCAACAUCUAGAGAACUAAUGAUUGUAGGAAGAGUGUUUGUCGCUUUCAUGGUAGUUAUAAGCAUUGCCUGGGUCCCAAUAAUAGUAGAAAUGCAAGGAGGCCAGAUGUACCUCUAUAUACAAGAGGUAGCAGAUUAUUUGACACCACCUGUGGCUGCCCUAUUUCUAAUGGGUAUAUUUUGGAAGCGCUGCAACGAACAAGGAGCAUUCUAUGGUGGAAUGAUUGGGUUUGUUUUUGGAGCUAUACGAUUGAUACUGGCAUUUAUCUAUCGUGUUCCUGAGUGUAAUCAACCGGAUACUAGACCAGGUUUUAUCAGGAAUAUCCAUUAUAUGUAUAUUGCUACUGCUCUGUUCUGGAUCACUGGAAUUAUAACUGUAAUUGUAAGUCUGCUUACAUCGCCACCCACAAAGGAACAGAUUCGAACAACCACUUUCUGGUCUGUGAAAAGCAAGACUGCCAAAGAAGAUGAUUCAAAGGGGGAUCUAUAUAAAGUACAAGAAAAGAGCAUGUUAAAAUGCAAUGAAAAUGCUAAUCACAUUAUUCCAAAUGGCAAGUCUGAAGACCAUAUUAAAAAUAUUAAGCCUGAGGAUAUCAAUCUCCUGGUUGCCUGUAGAGAUGAAAGCAACCCAGUGAUUUCUGUAAGUCCCUCUGAAGUUGAGACACCCAUUGAUUGUUACUCAAAUGGACAAGUGGCUCUCAUGGGUGAGAAAAAACAUGAAGAUACUGAUGAUCGUGCCAAACAUUGGAAAUUCAUAGAUUGUUUCUGUGGCUUUAAAAGUAAAAAUAUGAGCAAGAAAGCCAUCCUAGAGAUGGAGGAAGAGACUUUUUGUAUACAAAUGCUGGAAGAGACUCCAAAAGUUAAACUGUUACUAAAUACCGGACUAUUCUGUGUCUGUUCUAUUGGAAUAUUCAUGUUUGUCUAUUUCUCUGUCUGAGUGAGUAGAGAACUUUUUAAGGGUAUGGCUAAACAUACAGAAGGUGAUACAGGUCUCUGGAAAAUAUUUUCUAAUAUACAUAACUGCAUCUCAGGCAUUGUUUACGCUAUAAUUGUCAAACAAUUUAUCAGCCAACUUUAAAGACCAUAUGAGAUUAUAUUGUACUAUCUCUGCUUAAGACAGAAUGUGGUGCAUGUGUGUUGUGUGGUAUUCUUUUUGUUUGUUUAGUGUAGUCCUAAAACAAUUUUUGUUACAUAUCUGUAUACCAAAGUAAGACAGGUGGCUGUGUUUAAGUAGGAAAAAUAAGGAGCUCAGUCCAUAUUGACGUGAAAAUGAAAAGCAACAUUUUACCUGGACUUAAGUAUACAAUCUAAAUUAGCAGAGCUGUAUUGGAAAAUUCUAAAUAAUAAAAAAUGAUGUACAACCUUGCA